AUGCGGCGCUGGUGUGCUUCCGGAGGGCGUCGGGUCUAUGGAGUCCGCCAUCCUCGAUGGACCAUUUGUGCUACAGUUGAUGAAAUUGCCAAUAUGUCUGCCCCUUUAAGGGAAAGAUAUCGUGAUGCACAUGCCGGCCCCAAACGAUGUUUAAAGUUAUCAAUGACAGAUGGCAUCCAACGCAUAUAUGGAAUCGAAUACAGGCCUAUCAAAGACCUGGAAGUUCUUGCUCCUGCUGGUUUUAAGAUUGUUAUAAGGAAUGUGCACAUAAAGAGAGGGCUUCUUAUGUUAGUCCCUGAGGUUAUUGAGAUUCUUGGUGGGGUAGUUGAUGAAUUGGAAGCAGCACGUGUCAGACUUGUUUCUGAAGUAAAUAAACCACCUCGUGGAAAAAGGAAACAAGGUGGAUUACCUUUGUCCUCCAGAGCCACCCUAGCUGCCUGGCCACGUAAUGUAAGCGCUGCAAAUGGUGGUGAGCAAGGCAUCUCAAUUGCAAGAACAGUAAACCCCUCUCAUCCAACAGGAUUAGGUAAUGGCUCUCAAGUUGGUAGAACUACACAAACAAUGGAAGAAGAGCGUGUUAACCAUCCUGUUGUAGUAAAUGGUGUCCGAGCACAACGUCAACAUUUCCAAGAAAACACUAUGCAGGACCGAUCUACUUCUCUUACUGGGAACAACGCAGAGGCUUCUGCACCUGCUACCUAUAGACAUGAACCCCAACAAAGCACUAGUAGAAUUGCACGAACUUUGGUAGAUGAAUAUGUUGACCAUCCUAUUGUGGCGAACAAUGUUGACGAGCAAAUACAACGUGUCCAAGAAAUCACCAUGCAGGACCAAGCUACUGCUUUUACUAGGAGCAGAGGAGAGCCUUCUACAUCUACUCCUUGUGGUGGGUAUGAUUCCCAACAAAGGGCACAUGACAUUCAUGCAACUGGUGCCAAUGGUGCGGAGGCUGCACGGCCUUCAACUGUUGAUGAUAAUACUGGUCAGAUGGAACAUCCAGUCAUUCUAAGUGGUGAAAAUGAAAAACCUUUCAUAUACAUUUUCAACUUGAUGGCACAUUGGACCAUAGAAAAGGAUACAAGACCCUACAUUCAAGGAAAAAUUAAGGGUUUGAUUACCUCUGUCAAACGAUUUCAAUUUAGGAAUCGCAGAGAGUACGAGCUUCUUGUGUGCAUAGAUGAUGGAAGUCAAAUUUCAGAGGCCUUUGUUGACUGUGCUAUUGUACGUAACAUAAUUGGCCACUCAUGUGAGGAGGUUUCAACUGCCGUUUCUGAUCCAACCUCAGAAUCGUACAUCGCUAUGAAACAAAUUCUGAGAGGAUUUCAGCAUUAUUUGGAGAAAUUUGAGGGUACAAUGCAUAUUGAGUACAACGGACAAUCUUCUCGACCUAUCGUGCGUGAGAUGAACGAAGGUUGUUCGACUGCUGAUGCAUGGCUCCUGCUUCAGAGGCUGAAAACGUGUACGGCUCAACGGCACAUCCGAAAUUUGGACUUUAUGGAUACCACUCCGUGA